UUCAUUUUAUAAAUUCCAGCUUUGGGCGUUUUACUUUUAAAAAUCUCAAAUGCAGGUUAUCUCUAAUAAAAUCCCAAAUUUUAGGGGUAUUUUCUUUCAUAGGACCCAAAUGAUCUGUUACUUGAAGAAAAGGUUAACUUUUAAUUUUUUUUAAAUUACCAUGUGUCACACAGUUAGUGGCUCAAAAAAUAAAAAAUAUUUGUUUUUAAAAAAUCUGAUUUAAUUUAAAAAAAAAUUAAAAAAAACCAACUCUACCCAACCCAGCCCCCUACCCUAAACCAGCAGCCCAUCCCGGAGAACACCCCCAUCCCCGUAAACACCUCCCGCAGCGCCGAAAUUCGGCACCCAGCCCUCCCCCGCCCUCAAAACCCACCCUUUUCCUUUACCCCACCCUCGAACCCCUCUCCAAGCCGGUUUUCGAGUGUGGGGAAUUAGGGGAGGGUGGUCUUACGGGAUAGAUUUAGGGAGGGGAGGGGUUUGCGACGGUGGGGUUGUUUUCCGGCAAUUAAAGGAGGCGGAGGGUCGGGGAAGUUAGUUUUGGGAUGGGGGAAUUCCGGCAGGGGAAUGGUUUUUUCCGGGGGAGGGGGGCUGGUGGUUUUGGGGGUGGGGGCUGCUGGUUUAUUUUAUUUUAUUUUAUUUUAGAUUUUUUUUUCACAUUUUUUUUUAUUUUCUGAUUUUGUUUUUAAUUUUUUUGAUUUAAUUUAAUUUUUUGAAUUUUUUUGGACCAAUUAUAGUGCCGACUUGUUUUCCGUCGAGCCUCCAUUGACGCUGCUGGUUGUUGCCGGCGCCGCGUCUAGGUAAGUUGUUUUCGUUUUUUGUUUUCGUUUUUUUUAAUGACAUUCAAAUCUGACUUGACCACCACAACCGCAGCCUCCCUUGACCACCACAACCGCAGCCUCCGGCCUCCUCCCUUCCCUCGCCGUGGCUGUAGCAGUUUUCAUCUCUUUCUGGAUUUGUACAAUUAGAUGGUUUAAUUGUCAAAAAGAAGUGCAGAUCUAAAGGUGGUCAUCAUGGGAAGAGGAAAUAAAGGAGAAACGUCCAAGAGGAGAAAAACUAAGAGGAAAUCUCAGGUUGUACGUGAUGACGAGGAUGAGUCAAUAGAGGAAGAGGAGGCACAUGAUUUGGGGGCCUCUCAAGAAAUCAUCAAUCGGAGACAGAUUCAUAGGCAUGUACAGGGGCAACAGGAGCAACAGGAACAGGAGCUACAGGACCCGCAACCUAAUGACUUGCUGGAGUUGGACCCUUCCACACUUUGGUUUGAUGAUAAGCCGGUGAAGAAUGUGCUCUCCGACACGCUAACCGGCUACUAUGUUGAGCCUUGGAAGAAUUAUGGAGAGGUUGAUGAAGAUUCGAGAGAGCACUUUUGGAAUUUGUUCAGCAAAAAAUUUAAGUGGGCACCUGAGUUAAACGACCAUGUGAAGGACACUUUCGAAUACAAGUUUGCAAAUCGCCUACAUGACACGUUCUACCACAUCACACACAGGAUGAAUGGUGGCAGACCAAAAUGGCUUAAUAAGGAUGUCCACGAACGCAUGAUGCGAAUUGUUGCCACUAAUCCAGAUUAUAAGAAGCGGUCGGAACAAAACAAGAAGAACCGAAGAGGCGGAUCCAUGGAAAAUGUCGUUAAACCGACCCACUUUUAAGGUUCAAUGUCAUCUGUACAACAUUCUAAAAGGAUGGCUGCACAAAACGAAGGCCAAUUACCAAAUGCCCAUGAUCUUUUCUUGAAGACACACUUCAAGGAAGUGCCUGGAAAAGGCCAAGUGGCUGCCAACACCAAAGCAAAAAGGAUUGCGGAGACCUACCAGAAGAAGCUCAAAGAAACAAGGAGUCAGGGGAUUCAGAAGAGUCCCAAUGAGUUGUACUGGGAGACGGUGGGUGGGCGCAAUAAUAAGGGUCGUGUGAAGGGGCUUGGCCAAAGUGCAGAGCUCUACUAUGGCAACCGGAUGGGUCGAGCUUCCCGUUCUUCACAGAAAUACACGUCGUCUGUCAUUUCUCAGAUGCAAGACCAGAUGGAACACAGGGUGCAAGCUCUCCAAACUCAAAUGGAAGCCGAGAUGCAAAGGCGAAUUGACUCCCGAAUGGCUGAAAUAGAGAGGAGAUACCGGGAGAGUAUGGAUGAGAUGAUGAGUCGUUUCACCAACAACGACUCAUGUUCCACCAUUCAUCCUCAGCAUCGAGACCCAAGGGAUGACCCGGGCAGUGGUGGAGCAGGUCAGGGUACCCAGGUGAUUGCGUAGCUUAGCUUUAGUCUAGCAAAUAUCCACUCUAACAUAGCUUUUGUUUGGUAUAGAUACCAAAAUAUGGACUAUCUUUUGUACUAGAACAUAAUUACUAUAUUUAUAUGUAAAUGAAUAUAAUUUCGUAGGUCGGUAAUUAAUUUUUUUAAAACAACAA